GUGGUUCGACAGAAUAGUCAAUAACAGAAAAACAAAACAGACUGUCACAACCCGGAAGUCAUGAUCGAAAAUGUCUGCAAGUAAACAAAUUUCCACGUAUGUGUCGUGCAAAACGAUUGUUCUUGUGAUUUUAGCCUCAAUUUUAUAUAUUUCUGAUGCAGGGCCAAGUUAUAUUCACAGGCGUGAAAUUGACACAAGCUUUUAUUACCAUUAUGAAAAUUUGACUAAUAUAAUGCACGAAAUGAGUGCAAACUAUCCGAACAUUUGUAAACUUCAUUCCAUUGGAAAGAGCGUUCAACAUCGAGAUCUCUGGGCAUUGGAAAUCACAGACAAUGUCGGAACAGAAGAAAUAGGAGAGCCAAAAUUUAAGUAUGUUGGCAACAUGCAUGGAAAUGAAGUUAUCAGCAGACAGAUUCUUAUUUACCUGAUUCAGUACUUGGUAGAAAAUUAUGGUAAAGAUGAAAAAGUAACAAAGCUUGUCAAUACUGUUGACAUAUUCAUUAUGCCUUCAAUGAAUCCUGACGGUUUUGAGCGAGCAGUGGAAGGACAAUGUGAUGGUACUGUCGGUAGAGAAAAUGCCAAUAAUAUUGAUUUAAAUAGAAAUUUUCCUGAUCAGUUUGAUCUACAAUCAGGAGAUGAUAUACAACCAGAAACAAAAGCUUUGAUUGAUUGGAUUGAAAGCACUCAUUUUGUUUUGUCAGCAAAUUUGCAUGGUGGCAGUGUUGUUGCAUCAUAUCCUUGGGAUGAUUCUUCAAAACAUGAAAGCAACGGAUUUUACAGCGCAUCUCCAGAUGAUGCUGUGUUUAAACAUUUAGCCAAAACAUAUUCAUUCAAUCAUCGAACCAUGCAUCAGACUGGAAAACGUUGUGGAGACAUAUUUACUGAUGGGAUUACCAAUGGAGCUCACUGGUAUGAUGUGCCAGGUGGUAUGCAGGACUAUAACUAUCUGCAUAGUAACUGCUUUGAGAUCACAGUGGAGUUGUCCUGCUGCAAGUACCCACUUGCAAGUCAGCUUGCCAUCGAAUGGAACAACAACAAGGACGCCCUGUUGGCCUACAUGGAACAGGUGCACAUUGGUGUGAAUGGUCAGGUGGUGGACGGACAGACAGGGGAGGUAAUCCCAGGGGCAGAGAUCAGCGUUCAGGGUAUAGGCAAAAACAUCACCACAGACAGCCAUGGCUACUUCUGGAGGCUGCUAGUUAAGGGGGACUAUUUGAUCACUGUGACUAAAACAGGCUAUGAGGACUUCCACAGCAAUGCAAUCACAGUGCCCGAAGAUGCCGGGGUCAAUGUGACAUUCCAUUUACAUAAGAGAUCAAGCCCGCCCGCCAGCGUGCCAGUCCACAGAGAGUACACACUGGACAUGCUGAUCAAUGAGGUCAACCUGCUUAGUGACUCAGCCCAUCGGGAGGUCGUGACCUUUGUAGAGCCCACAGAAAUCACUCACCAUGACCAAGAUCAGCUAGAGUCCCUGCUGCGGCGCUACAGUGAAGAGUACCCACACAUCACGCGCCUCUACGACAUCGGCAGCUCUGUACAACAGAAGACCCUCUGGGUGCUUGAGAUCUCUGACAAUCCAGGCCAUCAUGAACCAGGUGAACCAGAGUUCAAGUACAUUGGAAACAUGCAUGGCAAUGAGGUAGUGGGCCGUGAGAUGCUGCUUCUGCUGAUACAGCUCCUCUGUAAGAACUAUGGGUCCAACGAGUUCAUCACGGGUCUCGUCAAUCAUACGAGGAUCCACAUCAUGCCUACCAUGAACCCAGAUGGCUAUGCUGUAAGCACUCUAGGUGAUGUGAUGGGUGUUGCUGGUCGCGUAAACGCACAUGGGGUCGACUUGAAUCGCAAUUUCCCAGACUUUUUUGAACAAACCAAUCUUAACCUGAAACAGGAAAAGGAAACUCUGGAAGUGAUGCGCUGGUUACAGGAGUACCCCUUUGUUCUGUCGGCCAACCUUCACGGAGGCUCCCUGGUGGCCAAUUACCCGUUUGAUGAUGGUACCAAGGGGACAGUCUCCUACAGCACAUGCCCUGAUGAUAAAACUUUUAUUCAGCUUGCUGAGUCUUACUCAAUGGCCCAUUCAACAAUGCACGAGGGUCAUCCCUGUCCAGACCUGAGUCCUAGCGAGUACUUCAAAGAUGGCAUUACCAAUGGAGCCCAGUGGUACAGUGUCUCAGGGGGCAUGCAGGACUACAAUUACGUGCACACCAACUGCUUUGAGAUCACCAUAGAGAUGGGCUGUGUCAAGUACCCACCUGCAGCAGCACUCUCCGGUUUCUGGGUCGCAAACAAGUUCCCACUACUUGUGUUUAUGGGACAGGUGCAUAAAGGAGUGAAAGGGUUUGUGCUGGAUGCGUCCACAAGGGCUCCAAUCGCCAACGCAAGUAUCGAGGUGGAGGGCAUUAACCACACAAUAUACUCGGCAGCAGAUGGAGACUACUGGAGACUGCUGGCUCCUGGCACUUACAACAUCAGGGCUGCUGGGCCCGGUUACGAAGGAAAGACAGUGGCUGUCCACGUGGGCAAUAACGCAGCAGCUGAGGUCAACUUCACACUUGUAAAGUCCCCAGUGCUCUCCUGGUCUAAAGAGGAGGACUACGACAUCAGGGAAAAUGUUGCCAAGAAGUACCUCACUAACCAGGAGAUUCAGGACGAGCUACGUCAUCUGUCUGUGGUGAACUCUGAAGUGAUGGAGUACCAGAUACUGAGCAAGACCACGUCAGGGAUGGUUGUACCGUUGGUGCAUAUCACCAAAGAUCUGAAGGAUCAUGCUGCUGAUAAGCCUCACACUUUGUUUAUUGGUGGUCUUCAUGGGGAUGAUCCCGUUACUGUAGAGAUGGCAAUGCGUUUGAUUAGACAUCUCUUGCAAGGCUACCUACAAGAAGAUGCAGAGAUUCAAGAUGUGCUGGCUCAUAGUCACCUGUACAUAAUCCCAGUUCUUGACCCAGAUGGAAUUUUCAACGCAAAAGUGGGCGACUGUGCAGGAGCGUUGAAUAACAACACCUCUGAAUUCCAUAGUCUUUCUCUUGAAUCGCCAGCCUUGAAAGCGCUACAUGAUGAAUUUGAGAGUCGCAAGUUCAAUAUGGUGGCCAGUCUAGCUGCAGGGGGCCAGUAUAUAGUCAUACCAUGGGAGAACCCCAUUAAUGGCCUGCCGAUGACAGAUGAUGAAGAUGUCUUCCAGAUGUUGGCCCGGUCUUUUGCUGAUGCCUUACCGUCCAUAUACUCUUCAAGCACUUGUGAGAAAACCCUGCCAAGUGGUGUUGUGCAUGGAUCCAAACUGAAAGGUGACGGAAACGCUGUCAUGAUGGAUGAAGUGUAUAACAAGUACCACUCACUGAUGCUGUCGGUGCACAUGACCUGCUGCAAGUACCCCCAACCUGAGAAGGUCCCUGAGAUCUGGAUGAACACCAUGACCCCAAUGAUGAGGCUACUGCGUACCUCCACACAAGGGGCCCAUGGCAAGGUCAGAAACACCAAAGGGGAAGUACUCUCUGCUGCGGAGGUGAAAGUAGACCAGCACCUGCAGACUCAUACAGUCACUAACAAGGGAGAGUUCUUUUUUUUGUUGACAGAGGGAACACAUAUUAUUGAAAUAUCAGCACCAGGUUAUGAGACACUGACAAAGCGAGUCCUGGUGGAGAGGUUCAAGGUCACAUACCUUCAGGAGGUGGUUCUCUCCCUUGAUGUCUCCAGGUUCAAGUACCACCAGUACAGCGACUUCCAGAGGUUCAUGUCCAACCUGACCAGCAUGUGUGCAACCAGGCUGACAUCUGAGAGCCUUGGCAAGACGGUAAAGGGCCAAGACAUGUGGAUGAUCAGUCUUGGUCCCGCGGCAACGGAAUAUGUCCCAGAGAUCCUAUUGGUCGGUGGUCUCCAUGGAGAUGAAGGGGUGGGGUAUGAGAUGAGCAUGCAGCUGUCUGAACACCUGUGCACCAAUGCUGAUAAGGACUUUAAUAUUAAAAAUAUAUUGGAGAACUCUCGUAUUCACAUCAUUCCUACAUUGAACCCAGACGGACUGCAGAUUGCAGAGCCAGGAAACUGUGACAGUGUGAGAGGGCACCUCAACGCCAACAACGUUGAUCUGGAUCAGACAUUCAUAGCCCCAGGCAGUUCCCUGACAUCCAAUAUGGAGCAGGAGACCCAUCUGGUGAUGGAGCGACUGAGGAAGCUUGUCAACCCCACGGUCACCGUGAUCCUGCGGGGCGGAGACUUUAUGGUCCUCUACCCACACCACACUACACCUGCCCCCCUGUCUGAUGUGGACCGAUCCACGCUGAUCAAUCUCGGUAUGUCCUACACCACCAGCCAUCCUGAGCUGAGCACAGGGCAGUUGAAGUGCAACACCUCCAAGGGAGGUGAAGCUAGAGAGAUGGCUAUUGCAGAAGCUUCUACAUAUCACAGGCAUGCAGGCAGUCUCAUGGACUACAUGUAUGACAGUUUGCACACUGCGGUGGUGUCUGUAUACCUGAGUUGCUGUAAGUACCCCGGCCCUGCCGACCUCCUGGACAUCUGGAAGCAGAACAGGAAGUCUCUCAUCAGCGUGCUCCAACAGGGACGCCUUGGUCUCCAUGGCGUGGUCCUGAACUUCAAGAAGGAGCCACUGCCUAACGCGUCUAUCACCAUCACAGGGUCAGGACACAUCCACAGUGUGGAUGAGCAGGCUCGGUUCUGGGUCUACCUUGUCCCGGGUCAGUACGAGGUCACAGUGACCUUGCCUGGUUAUGAGCCUCUGAAAAAGAAAUUGACCGUAGAGAAGGGAUUCGAGACAGCUGAGCUCACCUUGAUACUUCCUAUUGUUGAAGUGGAGGAGGGCUACACGCACACAUUCCUUGUGCUUGGCGUUGCAAUUAUUGUCCUCCUACUGAUUUUUGUGAUAACCACCAUCAUGUGCCUUCGUAAUCGCAAAGCCAGUCCCUACUCCUCUGUGGGUUUCCGACGACUAAACGUUGACGACUCUGACGAGGAAGAUGAGAUAUUCGGCGAUCUUGGAAAACCAAAGAAAAAAUUGCUCAAGAACGGUACAUCAGAAUACCGUGAUUAUUCAGACUCUGAUGAUAAUGAUAAGGAGGAACACAAACUGUUUGAUUCACGCUUGGCAAGGACCUAACAAUGCAUAUGGUUGAGGGCUGGAAAGACUUGUGAUUGAAGAGCCAUUGUGAUCUGCACAUGGAAAUAUUUUUGUUCGAGGUGCUUGGGGGCCGUUUCAUAAACGAUCGUUCGACAAUUUUAACUUACGAGAGAAUUUUUUAAUCUUAAUAAGUAGACGAACUAGCUCGCCAUGCUUGUCAAAUAUAUUUGGCGCUUGAGAUGCCAAUGUAAUUAAUAAAGUACUGAAAAUUUAUGAUCAUAUGAUAUGGACUUUAGCAAUAUUAUGUGUCUUCGAAAAAGGUAUCGUAUCGUAAAUGUGUUCUACGAUGUUUAUUGCAACGGUCCCCCGUUUAAAACUGUUAUGAAUGAUUAGUACCAAUGAGAAGUUGUUAAAUUUUUAUGUUAAUUAAAAAGGUUAAGGUAAGGAGUAGUUGGGAUACUUACAAUUAUACAAGUUUUAGGCUGUACAUUGCCUGUAUAAGCAAUAUUCAGGAAUAAUGAAAGUUUAUUUUGUUAUGGAUGAAUUUAACGGUUUUACUCAUAAGCAGGCAUCUUUACACUUUUUCACCAUGGCUUCAGGAAUGUUAUAAGUAGUUUGUGAGAUUGGUCUCAUGUUUGAAAUAAAUUUUCCUAUUUGCUC